CGAGGGUAGACGAUUCGGUCCGUUUCUCGUUGUACGUCUGGACCCAAUCUCAGUCCUUGUAGACUGCUGCCAGCCAAGGUCAACACAACCUUCUGACGGUUGGAACCUUCUUCCUCCCUCUCUCCCUUUUAUAAAACCAUACCAUAACUAACUUAAAAAAAACCCAAACAAAACAAAUCCAGAAAGAAAAAAGAGGCGACAAUCCGACCGUCGAUCCAAUCCAUUGGAUUUCUAGACGUUCGCUAUGUCCACGGAAGGAAGUUGUCCAGUGAAAGUGAGAAUUAUCGUGACUGAGUUCGUCGAAACAGACGCGACGAGCUUCAAAUCCGUCGUUCAGCGCCUGACGGGAAGAGAUCGCAAUGUGAUUGCAACGGAGAAAAUGGCGGAGAUAUCCAACGGUGCUCCCAAGAAGAAAGUGUCUAAGGCAGCUUGUGUUGGAGAGGAUGGAUCGUGGGGCUCGCCGGAGAGUUCGGAGCAGCUGGAAGAGUGGGAGAGAAUCUUCAUGGAGAUUCCAAACUUAGAUGAAUUGAAGGCCUGGUGCGCUGAUUGAGAUAUUCAAGGAUACGUUCCCGCCAUUUUUAUAAUAGGGUGGGAUAUUUUUCACUAUCUUUGUUAGUAUUUUGGAAAUGCAAUUUCCUGUUUUUGAGAGGUUAUUAUUAGUUCAUAGAAGAUUAUUUUUAUUUUCUUCAAGUAGAUAAGUAGUUUUGAAGAGGGUUGGGUCCACCAUGCCGUGAUCGAUCUGGGCCAAUCACCAACCAAUCCCAGCCCAUUGAAA